AUGGCUGAAAAAUAUCAAGUUUCAAAAUAUGGCCGUCCUCCAGCAGUUCCUGAUGCAGCCACUCAGGCUGCCAUCACUAAACGUGAUGGGGGAAAGUGCUGUAUUACCGGCAAAGCUGGUCAUUUUAUGGAUCCGCUGGUUGUUGUCCCAAUUCUCCCUGUUCCGUCUCGCUGGUUCGAAGACAAGACGACCAUGACGCGACGAGAAGCUGAUACUUGUCAUUGA